UUCUUAUGCAAUUACGGCAGCUGCUACGGUGGAAGUCAUGGUUAACACGUAGCCGGCGUUUGACGUGUCCUAGCCUCCUAGCUUAGGCAUAUAGCGAUUUGGUAAUUUGUUGCGUGCUGCUUGAUUUGUAACGUGUUGUGCACGGGACCGCGGGCGUUUAUGCACAUAUGGCAAACGCCACAUUGUGAGCGCUAACUCCGAGUACACGCGGUACACGUAUAUUCGACAGAUCCGUGCAAACGUGAGGCGACGAAACAUGCUGUCGAACAAGUCGCCGUCGUCGUCGCAGGCCUCAUCGUCAUCGUCAGCGUCCAGCACGGCGAACGCGAAGGUCAUGUUCCCCGAUAAGAAGCCGACGACCAAGCAAAUGAAAUCCUCCACGCUGACGAACGCCGCCGGCCUCAGCUCCCUUAUUACUUUCACCGUUCUCCUGCUCGCCUGGAUCUCGGGUUUCGCCUCGCGGCUUUUCGCGGUCAUACGUUUCGAAAGUAUCAUACACGAGUUUGACCCUUGGUUUAACUACAGAGCGACGGCAUAUAUGGUGCAACAUGGAUUCUACAAUUUUUUGAAUUGGUUUGACGAACGGGCAUGGUAUCCAUUAGGUCGGAUCGUCGGUGGAACUGUCUAUCCUGGACUCAUGAUAACAUCUGGAUCGAUACACUACAUUCUUCAUUCUUUGAACAUACCAGUGCAUAUAAGAGACAUAUGUGUAUUCUUAGCUCCAAUUUUUAGUGGCCUUACUGCCAUAUCUACGUAUUUAUUAACGAAGGAAAUAUGGAGCGCUGGAGCUGGCUUGUUCGCUGCUUGCUUUAUCGCCAUCGUGCCCGGCUACAUUUCAAGAUCUGUAGCCGGCAGUUACGACAACGAGGGAAUUGCAAUUUUUGCAUUACAAAUUACCUACUAUCUUUGGGUUAAAUCGGUCAAAACUGGCUCCAUCUUUUGGGCAAGCAUGACUGCUCUGUCUUACUUUUAUAUGGUAUCAGCAUGGGGAGGCUAUGUGUUCAUUAUCAAUCUGAUUCCACUUCAUGUAUUCGUUCUGCUAGUUAUGAAUCGCUUUAGCAACCGUCUAUUCACCAGUUACACUACAUUUUACGUACUUGGACUUUUAUUGAGUAUGCAAAUACCAUUCGUUGGUUUCCAACCGAUUAGAACUUCUGAGCAUAUGGCAGCGGGUGGUGUAUUCGGUCUCCUGAUCUUUGUAGCAGCUCUUAGAUACUUAAGAACUGUACUUACUAAAUCUGAGAUGAAAUAUUUUGGUGGUGUGGUAGCCGUAUCAGCGGGCGUGCUCUUGUUGGCUCUGGCUGCAUUGACAUAUGCUGGUGUCGUCGCUCCUUGGAGUGGUAGAUUUUACUCGCUAUGGGAUACUGGCUAUGCCAAAAUACAUAUCCCUAUAAUAGCAUCCGUAUCAGAACAUCAACCGACAACUUGGUUUAGCUUCUUUUUCGACCUGCACAUUCUUGUUACGACAUAUCCUGUUGGUCUUUGGUACUGCAUUAAGCACAUCAAUGACGAGCGUGUCUUUGUCAUACUGUAUGCCAUAAGUGCCGUUUAUUUCGCCGGAGUGAUGGUGAGACUUAUGUUGACUCUGACUCCGGUAGUGUGCAUGCUAGCCGGUGUCGCUUUCAGCAAACUUAUAGAACUAUAUCUCAAAGAGGAAGAUAGAGAGGGAAAUGAGCGUAACGGUAACGAGAGCAACGAAGAGAGCGAGGAGGAAAGAGAGAGAAGUCCCGGUAGAGCAUUGUACGAUAAAGCCGGUAAACUUCGUCGAAUGAAACAUGAGAGACCGAAAGGUAGUGGUGACGGAUUAGGCGCCAAUCUCCGCAACAUCGUUGUUAUCGGCAUACUAAUGUUGUUGAUGGUAUUUGCUGUGCACUGCACUUGGGUGACCAGCAAUGCGUACUCUAGUCCGUCUAUUGUUCUGGCGUCUUACAGCAAUGACGGUAGCAGAGCCAUACUUGACGAUUUUCGGGAAGCUUACUAUUGGCUGGCUCAAAAUACCCUCAACGACGCGAGAGUCAUGAGUUGGUGGGAUUACGGAUAUCAAAUCGCUGGUAUGGCUAACAGAACUACACUCGUAGACAAUAAUACGUGGAAUAACUCACACAUAGCUCUGGUUGGUAAAGCGAUGAGCUCGAAUGAAAGUGCCGCUUAUGAAAUUAUGACGUCUCUGGAUGUGGACUACGUGUUAAUUAUCUUUGGCGGAAUGAUCGGAUAUUCAGGUGAUGAUAUUAAUAAAUUCCUGUGGAUGGUCCGAAUUGCCGAGGGCGAGCAUCCCCAAGAUAUUCGGGAGAGCGAUUACUUUACCGAAAGGGGAGAAUUUCGCGUGGACUCCGAGGGUUCUCCCACUCUACUGAACUCGCUAAUGUACAAGUUAAGUUACUAUCGGUUUGGGGACGUUAAAAUAGACUACCGAUCGCCUUACGGUUAUGAUCGUACUCGUAACGCGGAAAUAGGCAAUAAAAACUUCCAGUUGACGUAUCUGGAAGAAGCUUACACUACUGAACAUUGGCUCGUCAGGAUUUACAGGGUGAAAAAACCAGCCGAGUUUAAUAGACCAAGAAUCCCAAUUUCUGAACGCAUUAUUACCCGUCGUGCAAAUUCGUAUAUUAGUAAAAAGUUGAAGUUAUGGGGGGUCGGGCAUUAAUGUUUCAGACUGCGCGGCGUAAGCGAGGUUUCAUAAAAGGCCGGCCAGUUGUUAUUAAAGGACAAAAACCUCAACGACGAACAACGUAACGAAGAUCCGCUAUUUCAUAACAAUUUGCAAAAAAUACAACUUUUGUAAUAAGAGAAUUACCGUCCCUUGGGUCUAUCACGAACUAUACCUCGAAUUAAGAAUUUAAUAUCGUCAAAACAGUGUUCAACUGGUUUGAAAAAUGGGGUACCGUAAAAGUGAAAGGAAAGAAUAGUUUUCAAUAUCCAGAACAAUUGGAGAAGAAUCGGCGAUUUUUUAUAAUUUAUCAUUUCUGAAAAAAAAUUAGUUUUCAUUAUUUCAGAGUUGUAUGUACUAUAUCGUAUUACAUUGUUACUUGAAUUCAUUUUUCAUAAGGAUAAAUCAUCAUUAUUAGUUAUUAAAGAUGUAAUUAUACAUUAUAAUUGCAUUGCACAUUUGUUAAUCUGGACAUUUUAUAGAAUCAUAUAGUCCGCAUAUAUUUUCAAUAAUUGAGUCACUACAAUAAUGUAUAAACGUAUUCAUUAGAACAUGAUACAAUUGUACAAUAUUUCUUGCAUUCUUUUAGACGAAUUAAUUUCUUAUUUAAUUAUCGUUUCACUUCUUCUAUUCACUUGCAUUUAAUAAUUAAUGAUGAUAAUUUAAUAAUGUAAAAGACCAAAUUCAUUUAUUUGUUAUUGAUCAAAUUUGUACCGAAGUUUCAUGUAAAUUGAAACUCGUAAGACAUCUUAUAUAGUUAGUGUAUACACGUUAUGUUACAUAGUGUGUUUAAUGCACGUGGUAUUGUGUCAAGUGGAAUUUGGUGAGAAAAUGAGCAGUUCUUUGCCAAUUCUCAACUGGGACAUCAGAAUGAUCGAGUAUGUGUCAUGUGUACACAGUUUGUUGUAUAGCAUCUUGUUGAAAGAUAAACAUUUGUGAUAACACAGUGUUGUCAUUUACAAAUAUGCAUUUAAAACCCAAUUUAAUUUUUGUUUCAUUUAAGAAAAUAAAAAGAUUUUAGUGAAUAUAA